AUGUGUGGUAUUUUUGCGUAUCUCAACUUCCUCACGCCGAAGUCACGCCGUGAGGUGCUGGAUCUGCUGCUGAACGGGUUGAAGCGGCUGGAGUACCGUGGCUAUGACUCGGCCGGUGUGGCCGUCGAUGGCGCGACGGUUGAUGCCGACAUCGUGAUGUUCAAGCGCACCGGUAAAGUGAAGGUGCUGGAGGAUGCGAUCCGUGAGGCGGCCAAUACGCUCGAUUUCACCGAACCGUGCCGGACGCACGUGGGCAUCGCGCACACGCGAUGGGCCACGCAUGGUGCACCGAGUGAGGUGAACUCGCAUCCGCAACGUUCUGACGACACGAACGCGUUCGUCGUCGUGCACAAUGGCAUUGUGACGAACUACAAGGAUAUCAAGAAGUUCCUGGAGCUCCGUGGGUACGCCUUCGAGUCGGACACGGAUACGGAGGCGAUCGCGAAGUUGGUACAUCAUCUGUGGAAGCAACACCCGAACUACUCCUUCCGUGAGCUGGUCGAGCAGGUGAUCCAGCAGCUUGAGGGUGCGUUUGCGCUUGCCUUCAAAUCCAAGCACUUCCCAGGGGAGUGUGUCGUGACGCGACGUGGUUCACCCUUGCUGGUCGGUAUUAAAGCUAAGACGAGCCUGGCCACUAACCACGUGCCGAUUCUGUACGGUAAAGGCCACCGACACGGUUCGUCUGGGAACGUGCAGGUUGAACCGACACCAGACAACACGGCUGACUUCAUCAACCCGGGCGAGGAAGUGGAGUACUUCUUCGCAUCCGACGCGUCCGCCGUGAUCGAGCACACGAACCGUGUCAUCUAUCUGGAAGACGAUGAUGUGGCGGCGGUAAAGGACGGUGCGCUCGGUAUCCACCGGCUGAAGAAGAGCCAGGAUGAUCCGCACGCGCGCGAAAUCACCACGCUCAAGAUGGAGAUCCAGCAGAUCAUGAAGGGCAACUAUCGGUACUUCAUGCAGAAGGAAAUUUUCGAGCAACCGGAAUCGGUCGUCAACACGAUGCGCGGGCGCGUCAACUUCGACAGCAACAAGGUGACGCUCGGUGGCAUUAAGGAUUACAUCCCGGAGAUCAAGCGCUGCCGGCGGUUGAUGUUGAUCGCGUGCGGAACUUCGUACCACAGUGCGGUCGCCACGCGCCAGUUGCUUGAGGAACUAACCGAACUUCCGGUGAUGGUCGAACUGGCGUCUGAUUUUCUCGAUCGUAACACACCGAUCUACCGUGAUGACGUGUGUUUCUUCAUCUCCCAGUCCGGUGAAACAGCGGACACCCUGAUGGCGCUGCGAUACUGCAAACAACGCGGAGCACUGAUCGUCGGAAUCACCAACACGGUCGGUAGCUCGAUCUGCCGCGAGUCACACUGCGGUGUGCACGUGAACGCUGGACCGGAAAUCGGUGUCGCCUCGACGAAAGCGUACACCUCGCAGUUCAUCUCGCUCGUGAUGUUCGCACUCGUCAUGAGCGAGGAUCGCCUAUCGCUGCAAACGCGCCGUCUAGAGAUCAUCGAGGGUUUGCGUAACCUCGACGCACACAUCAAGCAGGUGCUGAUGCUCGACCAGAAGGUGCUGGAGAUCGCGCAGGACCUGUACCAGCAGAAGUCGCUGCUCAUCAUGGGACGUGGGUACAACUUUGCCACCUGCAUGGAGGGUGCGCUGAAGGUGAAGGAGCUGACGUACAUGCACAGCGAGGGCAUUAUGGCGGGUGAGCUGAAACACGGUCCGCUCGCUCUCGUCGACGAUACGAUGCCGAUCGUGAUGAUCAUCAUGCGUGAUCCAGUGCACCUGAAGUGCAUGAAUGCGCUGCAGCAGGUGACGGCACGUGAGGGUCGUCCAAUCAUCAUCUGCGAGGAAGGUGAUACCGAGACGAAGACGUUCUCGUCGAAGGCCCUCGAGAUCCCGCGCACCGUCGACUGUCUGCAGGGUAUCCUGACCGUCAUCCCAAUGCAGCUGCUUUCGUACCACAUCGCCGUGCUGCGCGGUUGCAACGUCGAUUGUCCGCGAAAUCUCGCCAAAUCCGUUACGGUCGAAUAGGUUGGGACGGGCGGAUGACAUCCAGUGUUGACGUGAUCGUGUCGAAGUGCGUGUCAAGAAACUAAAAGAUCCUGUCCGUGCGGGACGACGUUCCAUUUGCUUCCUCGAUUUAUAGCGUCGACCGGUGGAACAACGCUUAUGCUUUUUAUUACGUUUUACGCGCGUUCAAUAUGCAAUUUAUCUUUCAUUUUAUAUACAUAUGCCUAUAUACGUACGCCACGCAUCCUUUUAUGUACCACCCCAUCCCCAGGCAGAAACCACGGGUUUAGCUAGGGUUUUAAGACGUUUCUAAGACGUUAAGACAAGAGAGUCUUGCAAUCUACUGCUACAAGCGAUACCCUAUUUUCUCACGCCUUUAUUAGUACGAUUCUCUUGUGCUCGUGAUCGGUACAUUUUUUACUUGUUUUAUUUUACGCUUUCGCCUCGCCUGGCUACUGGGAAGAACGGAUGUUGCAGAUUCGUUCGCAAAAGCAUCACAUUUUAAGCGACAGUGUCAUUUGAAGGGAUGUUGUUUUAUUACAUUUUUUUAUCGUUACGAUUGUUGUUGCGAGUGAUACACCCACACGGUGAGCACGAUUACGGGAAUGUUCGCUAUCAUUAGCCCAUCCAUGGAGGUAAUGAGCCUGUUCGUCGUCGGUAUUGUGGCCAAACCGGGCACGAUAAUCGCGUCCCUGCUCACGGUGCCAUCGGUCUCUCGGUUGGAAGUGGUUAGAAUGAAAAAAAAAUCGGACAUCUUCCACGUCCGCAACGUGCGUUAGCAGCAGUUGCAAAUACUGCCACCCACCUCACACACCUGCCGGUGCCCACAGAAACUAGCACACGCGAGUUGCGGUGAUAAGGAGGCCUACGUUUCACUAUCACAAUGGCGCGGUAGUAACCGACAGACAGGUUGAUAGAGCGUCGACACCGGGUUGCGGUCAGGGUUGUCAAAAACGGAGGGGCCAUUUUUGUGUUAGGACGCGUUUCGCGCGAUAAACCAUUUGGCCUAAUUUUGGUUCCCAUGCGCGAAACCCACCGUCCUCCGGCAGUGCAAUAAAAAUUAGUAUCUCCAA